AAGACGGAUUUCCUAUUUCAGUUAAUUUAAUUCUAUCAUAGAUGCAUAUUAUAGAUGAGUAUCAAGUUCGAUUAAUUAAUAUUUAAUACAUUAUUUUCUAUUUAGUAUUUACACUUCACGUAAUCACGUUAUUAACAUUAUUAAUGUGAAUAGCUUAAUCUUUAAGAUGACUGAUGAUUGUACCAUUGAUGUCAAAAAUAACUUUAACCAUCUGAUUACCGAAGAAAAGAACAAACACACUGUGUAUUGCACAAAAUGCCCAUCCAAGAUUUUGUCAUCUACAAUGGGAAAGCAUUUAAGAAUCGAAUUCAAUCUUCCACACAUGUCUCAGAAAAAAAACUGCGAGUCUGUUGAAUGUGAACUGUUGGCAGAUUACUGGAUGGUUCCAGAUAUGUAUAUGUUUGAUAAUAUUGGAUUCUCAAAGACUGUUGAAUCCGGCAUUAAAUAUCUUAUAUGUGCUGACUGUGAAAUCGGACCAAUUGGAUGGUACGAUGAUAACACUAAGCAAUCUUAUGUAGCACUGUCCAGAGUCAAGCACGCUGAAGAUUCAUGAUCUUUAAUUAAAUUUUAAUUGACCAAAAUUCUUUGUCAAUUAUUGAACUCUUGCAUACAACAUUAUCCACAAAUCACAGUAGUCAACAGUAUAUUAAUCAUAAUGUGAUUUCAACAUUAUCUCAUGUAUAACUAAAAUAAAUUAUUUUAUACUCC